CGUUAACCACUGAGCCAUGAUGGGAACUCCAGGGUCUGGGUUUUAACUACUUCUUUGAUAGACUUUCAAUCAAGCCCUGUGCCCCACAUCUGCUUUUGUGACAGCCGGUAGCUCCAAAAUGGCAGUCUUUCCUAGAUUCUCCACCCCAAACAGGCUUGCUUGCGUAGGCAUUCCCCUUGCAGGUAACUAGGUUUCCACUUUGUUCUCAGCCAGGGAAUUCUUCCUCCGCCCACUGUCCAGCAUGCCAACAUUUUUCUGAUAGCUCUCCUCCACUGUUGGCAUCUCGCUAAUUCCCUUUUUCCUCGCAUGAUCUCUAUCUUUGAAAACAUCCUUAUGGUAAUUUCCAUGAGGCUCCAGCAAGGAGGUGAGAUAAAAACUUGUGUUCAAUCUGCCAUGUUCAAUUAGAAGUGUUUUCUGUCUCUCCUAACCUUUCUCUUGACCCACUUUCUCUCGCACGGUCUUAUUCACAGUUGUUUUAAAUACUGAGUCCGGUGAUAAUUCUGAGUGUGGCCCUCUGUGACUCAUCUCCACGAAGUCUGUCUCAGCUACUCUAACCUACAUUGUUCCUCUCUUGUUGGAGCCUGACACGGCCCAGUGCCUUAGUCUAGCCUAGCCUGAGUUCUCCUGUUUCUUCUUUGCCAUGUUGUGUGUGCCCAGCCUGGCUGAAGGUGGGAAUCCUCUUUCUCUGGCACGCCUUCCACUGACGGCUCGCAGAGCUGAUGUGGACAGGAAGAUGUGGGUUGGAGGAAGACUAUUCCUGGCUGUGUCUUUCUAGGACUCCAAGCCUCUGGUGGCCAGAUCAGUGUGAUAUAGCACUGGCUCCCUGCCAUUGAAUGAAGCCCAAGUGGUGCUGGAGCAGGUCCUGGGAGGGGGUGGGGAGAAGGUUGACUGCAUGGAGCACGGCUGAGGAGGAAAACACCUUGCCUUCUACAGCCAAAGCAGGAAGCACCGUGCUCUUUGUCAACCUCUACCUUGUGGUGUUCACAUCAUACUGGCCUGUCACUGUGGUCAUUCUCACCUGGCUGGCUUUGGACUGGAAGACCCCGGAGCGAGGUGGCUGCCGGUGGGCCUACGUGAGCGUAUGGAAACGGUACUGUGAUUACUUCUCACUCAAGCUUUUGAAGACUCAUGAUCUCUCCCCCAAUCACAACUACAUCCUCGCCUGCCACCCUCAUGGACUCAUGUCCCACGCAUACUUUGGCCACUUUGGCACAGAGACCUCGGGCUUCUCCAAGAUCUUUCCUGGCAUCACUCCUUAUGGCCUCACCCUGGGUACCUUUUUCUGGCUGCCUUUCCUCCGAGACUAUAUCAUGGCUGUAGGGACCUGCUCUGUGAGCCGAUCCUCCAUAGACUUCCUACUCACCAAGAGAGGAGCAGGCAACAUGCUGAUUGUGGUGGUCGGUGGCCUGGCUGAGUGCAGAUACAGCCUGCCAGGAUCUACCACCCUGGUCUUGAAGAACCGCACUGGCUUUGUACGCAUGGCCCUUCGGCAUGGCAUGUGUCUAAUCCCUGCCUACACCUUUGGGGAGACAGAACUCUACAAUCAGCACAUUUUCACUCCUGGAGGCUUCAUCAAUAGCUUCCAGAACUGGUCCCAGCGUCCGGUACACAUCUACCCUUGUGCUUUCUACAGGCGUGGCUUCACUGAGAACUCCUGGGGCCUUCUGCCCUACGCUCGGCCUGUAACCACCAUUGUGGGGAAGCCUCUACCCCUGCCCCAGACUGAGAACCCGAGCCAGGAGACAGUGGCUAAAUACCACACGCUCUAUAUCAAUGCUCUGCACAAACUGUUUGAUCAGCACAAAACCAAGUAUGGCUUCUCAGAGACCCAGAAGCUGGUGAUAGUUUGAUGGACAUCCCCCUUGGCUUCUCAGCCUGGCAGGAAGGUAUGGAACUGGUGGAAAAGGAGGACCAAAGUCACCUGUAUGGCUUCUGGGCCUAAUUUGGCCAGUCCUCAGUGUGAUGGGCAUGGGGAGGGAGGGUUGCUGGUUUGGCUGUUUUCCCUCUUCCUCUUUCAUCCCUCUCCCCCUCCUGGCUCUUCUCUGCCUUUUCCUUGGGGCUACAAGAGAGAUGGUCCCAAAGUCAGGAAAGGCCUUAGGGUGGGGGUGCCCUGAAGGUUCCCUCACACCUGCCCACUCAGCUCAGCCCGAGGAAAACAAGGGACAGAGUCAAAAGCCUACCUUCUGGUAAGCCUGCGCCCUGAGCAGCUUGUUUCAAGGGCCUAGGAUCCUUGCACUUGUCUCUCAUUCUCCAGCUCUCAAGUAGCCCCACCUCUUGGACUCAAGGUUCUUCCAGGACUGGCUGACUUGAGAUCCAGUGGGCUUGGAGUUCAGGUCCCUCCACCUUCAAGCCCCGUAACUUGGAGCAAUCAGUCUUCUUUGAGCCUGUUUCCUCAUCUGUAAAAUGGAACAAAUACUCCCUCCCCUGCUUACUUCAAAGGCUGUUGGGAUGAUCAGAUGAUAUCGAAUGUGACUGAGCUUUGUAGAUUGGGGAACCAUACAAAAUUAUUCUCCUCUGGCCAUUUUGCCUACUUCCUGUCCCUGAGCUGACAAUGCCCUAAAUUUCAUGGCAGCUCGAUGUUCAAAAGAAAGUUUAUCCAAUAAAAAUAAAAAUAAAAAUAAAAAUUCUAGUCUAAUUUUUUUAAAAAGAAAGUUUAUACUAUAGGGUCUUGUCAACAGUUCUUUGAGAGUUUAAGUAAGCUCUCUAGCUGGGUGACCUUAGGGGAGGUUGGUCUCCUCUUCUGCAAAUUAGGAUGAUGCAUCACAGGGAGACGGAGGCUGGAUUUUCCCAAGCUCGUUGGGGCCCAGGCCUGAGAGCUGUCAUAGAUGCCACAGUCCCAAGCUGAGGGUGACUCCAUGCUGUCUUUGCCGCAGGACGAUGUUCCUUUUCGUAGGACCCCUAGCCUGCCUGAUGUGCGGUUACAGGAAAAGACCCACGGUGAUGGAGACCGGGGCAUGUGAGCUGGGACACAGAGAUGUGGGACGUUCUGACUGGAAAUUCAGAUUACCUUCCUUCUGUUGCCUCUUCUGAAAUGGGUACCUGGGUCCUUCCCCAAGGUGCCAAAGAAGCACCUCACAGGUAGGAGGUGCUCAGGCUGAUUUCAAGAACAAAGGGAAAAAGCUUUAUUUGCAAAAGAAUAAACCGUUAAUUUACACAAACUUACAUCCCAGUUUAUAUACAUUAUGUAUAGUUUAUAUACACAAUAUCUCACACUAGAUGCUGACCCCCCAAAGCAGCACUGGGCCUGCUCCAGGCCAUUCUCACUACAAAGCCCACCCCCCACCCCAGCUGGAAUCUUUUUGAAUAAAGUAACCCUGACUCCACUUGGAGAGAGCCCUGAAACAGAUUACAAGAAAAAAAAUCUGGUUCUGUCCUUAUGCUCACAUGGCCUAGGGGAGCCUCCAGGCAGGGACCUCAGGACUCCCUGGUGUUGGCCCCUUCCAGAGCCUUCCAUCUAGGGGCAGAAGCUGGGAGGGAGCCCUGGGGAAGGAAGCCAUCUGACGAAGGCUGCAGCUACAGUUUCUCUGCCUGGCCAGGCUCCUGAAGGGGCCAAGCACUUCGAGCCUUGAGUCUAUGGGUGGAAGGAAGAAGGGGACUGUGUGGGACAUGGACUCUUUCACCCCCUCACCUUGCUGAGCCUGGAGGUUGUGGCUCCUUCACCUCAGCCAGGUCACCCUCCCUCUAGCCUCAGUUUCCACAUGAGCAUCAAGGGGUAGAAUGUAGGUUGGGCUGAAUUCCCUCUAAUGGCCUCUCUAGCUCUCAGUUUCUCAGAAUCUAUUUGCACCCACCAGAAGUUACAUAAAACACACGUGCUCACACGUGGCUCGAAGUCUUUGCUUGUCUCCAGGGUUCCUAGCCCUUUAGUGCUCAUCAAAAGAAAUUUGGCUCAGGAUGGAUGAAGAGGGAAACAAGGCACAGACGACAUUAUUCUGAGGACCCAGGACCUGAGCAGCUCCCUACAGCUGCUUCUUGUGCCAGCUUCAGCUGUUGAAGUCCAAGCGGCUGGCAAAGCCCCCAUCAUGUAAUUCUUCUUCAAACUUGUGUCAUCUAUUUGCUUACAAGUGUCCUCAUUCUCCAUACUGCCCUUGGCCUUCCAGGAAAGUCACAUCAGCAUAAUUCCAAGGUGUGACUCCAGUUCCACAGUCUCUUAGCAGUAAACUGCUUCAGUAACUUUGCAGCAACAGAGCUCGCCAGCUACCUCUCGCUUCCCUCAUCACCCCUCCCUCCAAGAUUCCUUUUGAGGGGUCACAAUGAAUAAAGGGGUCCUGUGCGAAUCCUAUUUCCCCUCUAAUCACCUCCAUAUCUGGAGAAUAGAGUGGGAGGGGCACCAUUAAGAAGGCUUUUCCUUCCCUCACCUCACACCCUUUUGGCUUUAGAGCUGGACCCCUCUUGGCUCUUCCCUCCAUCCCUGAGAGAUCCUGGUAGUACAGAGGUCUCUGUGGUCUGGCAGAAGAGAUAAGAUAGUAGCUGUAGCAAGCAGCCAGCUUCUAUAAGCUCUCUGAAGUGUAACCAGAGGAGGCCCUUGUCCACAGUAGGGGAUCUGUACAAAAUGGUUGGUUGGUUCAUUGAGUGUAUGAUAGAACACAAGGGGCAUUCAUUCUGUGGCUACUGGAGGCCUGAUGCUUGGAUAUGGUACCAAGACAAUUGUUCUGAACACAAGUUCUCUAAGGCUGAUGGCUAUUUCCCAAAGAAACUUCCUACUCUUUCGCCACAGAGCCCCGGCAGCCAAGAGAAGAAGCAUUAUCACAAAGGAAUGAAAA